AACGUUGCUUCUGUAGAAACUAUUUAAACCACACAGCCAGCCACAAACGUUUCUGGUUGCGGCUUUGGAUCAUGAAUUAUUGGGGGAGGAGUGCACAGGGAGGGAGCCAUACCCGCUUUGGUCAUCAAUCUGACGUUAGCUACGGGGCGCUAGUACCUGAUUGUAAACAGGGAUGAGCCCCGUAGAAGCUAGCAAAAGCCCCGGCAGUUCUAUGACAUUGUCCGUUACGAACUUUAUACAAGAAGGACAGCACAGCAGCGCCUCAAAAUACGCUGCCUUCUCUGUCAUUCUAUCCUUCAACGCGUGGUGACCUUGUGAUAACCCACAAACCAUUCCCCAUCCAUUCAGUCUUUACUGUACACAUCGUUACCGCCAAAAUGCCAGGCCGUACUUCCCCAACACCAAGUGUCAUGACACAGGAAGCCUACCGAAAGCGAAAAGAGGAACAGAACAGCGAAGACGAAGAAGAAAACAUCAACUACGAUUCCGACGACGACAACAAACCAAAGAAGCAAAAUGAUCAGCGAAAACGUCAAGAAGCGCACCUCGCUGGGUACCGACAACAAAUGAUGAAGACGACCGAAGGACCCCCCUCAAUAGAACACUCUCGCAUUCCCUCUAUACAAGGUCCAUGGAUGAAUAUCCCCGAUGAUGAUAGCGACGACGACGUCCCGCUGGCGAUGCUGCAGGCCCGAAGUCAGCGCGAUCGCAUGUCUCGCUUGGCGGGCGUUCGAUCAAACCCUAAUCUCCGAGCUUCCGCACAACAACACAUGAUGAGACCUGGUUCGGCGCAGGGAAAGCCCGAUAACGGUUCUCAUCUACGCUUACCAUCUUUCGCAACAAAUCUCCCUCAAGAUCCUUUCCAAGACCCAUUUCAGGAUCCCUUCCAGACGAAGAAGCCCAUGUUUACAGGCGGUUUGAUCAGCGUUAUUGCGAAUGAGGAACGCGCUAAGGCUUCCCGCCGAGGGACGCCGAGUGCUAGUUUUCAAGUACCGCAGAAUCCGUUUGCUUUGACGGGUGCAUCACCAUAUAUGCCUUCACCAUAUGGCGCGCCAAUGCCACAUCAACUAUCUCGGCCGCAAACGCCUUCUGGGCAAAUACGUCAGCAAAUACCACAAGGCAUUCAGGACCAAAUGCAAUUUAUACAAACGAUGACGUAUGGUACGCAGCACCAGUCAAAUAAUUCAUGGGGCAGCAUCCCGCAACGACCGGGAACGAGUGGAAGCUUGGCUCCGGCGGUGAAGCCUGCGCUGCCGGCUUAUGGCGGUUAUGCUCAGAGCAUCCCGCCGGCGGAGAGGAGUAAUGUCGGGUUGCCUAGUCGAUACAGGGCGGUGUCGAAGCAGAAGGCGUGAUGAAUGGAAGAUUGGGGGAAGCCAUAUGAUACCUGACGCGAAGAAUAAUGCGACUUCAAGACUGUACUACAUAUUUUAUUUGUCUAAUGGGUAUUUGGCGUUCAAAAUGCAUGAUUAGAAUAUACGGCCUGUAUAAUAUAAUACUUUGUCAUUGAUCAUACAUGAAUCUCGAGUAUCACUAUGAACCAUUGCGA